UCUCUCUCUCUCUCUCUCUCUCUCUCUCUCUCUCUCUCUCUCUCUCUCUCUGUGUCAGUGACUCCUCCGAGCUAUCAGGAGUAGACUAAGUCAAACUUCCACCGUCCGGAGAUUCGUGUGCAACCUUCGAAGGAUCCAAGUCGUCCAGGUGUCUGUGGUGAUGUUGCCAUGUGCCAGCUGCCAUCUGCUCUUAUCGUGCUUUAUUCAGGAAUGAUGUCCAGAUGGUGUCUCCCUCCAUGCGUGGUCCAAUUCACCGCUCCCUGACCGCUUUGUGGGCCACAAACCAACCUAGGCACCCACGGCCACUAUUUGACUCAACCCCACUGUGCACCGCCCUAAAUCCCUCAGUCCCAACCUUCACCCUCAGCCCCCUACAUCCUUCUGCCUCACUUUCUGUUAAGCCUCUCCUCAUAUUCUGACGACCGUAUCCCUCCCCGAGCCCAACAUGUCAGCCCGCGUACCCGCUCUAAUCUUAGUCAUGAUGUUUCCCGGCGUUUUGCUCUCGGUCGGAGACCCUCCUCCGUCCCGCCGGGAGAUCCGCAUCGAGGGAGAUCUUGUGCUGGGUGGUCUGUUCCCCGUGCACGAGAAAGGUGCCGGGAUGGAGGAGUGCGGGCGUGUGAAUGAGGACAGAGGGAUCCAGAGGCUGGAGGCCAUGCUGUUUGCAAUUGACAGAAUCAAUGAGGACAGCGCUUUGUUGCCCGGGGUCUCUCUCGGAGUCCACAUCUUGGACACUUGCUCCAGGGAUACGUAUGCAUUGGAGCAGGCUCUGGAGUUUGUGAGAGCCUCCCUGACCAAGGUGGACGACACAGAGUUUAUCUGUCCGGAUGGAUCUUACGCUCUGCAGGACGACAGCCCGCUCGCAAUCGCUGGGGUCAUAGGUGGAUCCUUCAGCAGCGUCUCCAUACAGGUUGCCAAUCUUCUCAGGCUAUUUCAGAUUCCUCAGAUAAGCUACGCUUCGACCAGUGCCAAGCUCAGUGAUAAGACCCGCUACGAUUACUUUGCCCGCACGGUGCCCCCCGACUUCUACCAGGCCAAGGCCAUGGCCGAGAUCCUCCGCUUUUUCAACUGGACGUAUGUGUCCACUGUGGCGUCAGAGGGUGAUUAUGGUGAAACUGGCAUAGAGGCCUUUGAACAGGAGGCACGCAUGAGAAACAUCUGCAUUGCUACUUCAGAGAAGGUGGGGCGUUCUAACGCCAAGAAGUCCUAUGAAGCCGUGAUCCGUCAGCUCCUACAGAAGCCGAAUGCCCGCGUGGCCGUCCUCUUCCUGCGUAGCGACGACGCCAGAGAGCUGUUGGCAGCAGCUGCCAGGCUCAACACCUCCUUCAUCUGGGUGGCCAGCGAUGGCUGGGGGGCCCAGGAAAGCAUCGUCAAGGGAAAUGAGGUGACCGCCGAGGGGGCCAUCACACUCGAGCUGGCAGCCAAUCCCCUGCCGGAAUUCAACCGCUACUUUCUCAGCCUGAACCCGGUGAAAAACCAUCGAAACCCCUGGUACAGGGAAUUCUGGGAGCAGCGGUUCCAGUGCUCCUUGGGUGCGGGCGGAGCAGGGGGAGGAGGAGGAGGAGGAGGAGGCGGAGGUGUUGGACUGGGAGGGACGUCUCUCCCGCCGUGCGACGUGGACUUGUCGUUGGACAAGAAUAACUUUGAACCAGAGUCCAAGAUCAUGUUUGUGGUCAACGCGGUGUACGCAAUGGCUCAUGCGCUCCACUAUAUGCAACGCAGCCUGUGCUUCAACACCACCAAGCUGUGCGACAGCAUGAAGGCGCUGGAUGGGCGCAGACUCUACAGGGAUUACAUCCUUAAUGUCAGCUUCACAGCCCCUUUCUCUCCUCCAGGCAGUGAGACAGUAGUGAAAUUUGAUUCCCAGGGCGACGGCGUCGGCCGGUACAACAUCUUCAGCUACCAGCGCACAGCCGACCGCUACGGGUACGUGCCAGUGGGGGACUGGGCAGAGAGUCUGACCCUGAGCAACGAUCUCAUUCACUGGCCCAGGGUUGCGGUACCCACCUCGCAGUGCAGCGACCCCUGUGAACGCAAUGAGAUGAAGAAAAUGCAGGCAGGCGAGUACUGCUGCUGGAUCUGCACAGCCUGCGAGCCUCAUGAAUACCUGGCCGACGAGUUCACCUGCUCGCCCUGCGCUCCUGGCCAGUGGCCCACCGAGGAGCUGACGUCCUGCUACGACCUUCCCGAGGACUAUAUUAUGUGGGAGGAUGCCUGGGCCAUUGGUCCAAUCACCAUUGCCUGUUUAGGGUUCAUGUGUACCGGUCUGGUGUUCUGGGUGUUUAUACGACACAACAACACGCCGCUGGUGAAAGCUUCGGGCCGAGAGCUUUGUUACAUCCUCCUCUGUGGAGUCUUCAUGUCCUACGCCUUGACUUUCCUCUUCUUGGCCAAGCCCUCUCCGGCCAUCUGUGCCCUGCGGCGCCUCGGCCUGGGCACUUCUUUUGCUGUCUGCUACUCGGCCCUCCUCACUAAAACAAACAGAAUCGCCCGGAUUUUCAGCGGCGUGAAAGACGGAGCGGGUGCGGUGAGGCCGCGCUUCAUUAGCCCAUCUUCUCAGGUGUUCAUCUGCUUGAGUUUGAUCUCCGUCCAGUUAGUGAUGGUGUCGGUGUGGCUGCUGCUGGAAGUUCCCGGGACGCGGCGCUUCACGUUGCCGGAGCGACGACAGACCGUCGUCCUCAAGUGUAACGUGCGCGACUCCAGCAUGCUGCUUUCACUGGUAUAUGACGUGCUCCUGGUCAUCCUGUGUACUGUGUAUGCCUUCAAGACCAGGAAGUGCCCGGAGAACUUCAACGAGGCCAAGUUCAUUGGAUUCACCAUGUACACCACAUGUAUCAUCUGGCUGGCCUUUCUUCCCAUCUUUUAUGUUACAUCCAGUGACUACAGGGUUCAGACCACCACCAUGUGCAUCUCGGUGAGUCUGAGCGGGUUUGUUGUCCUGGGCUGUAUGUUUGCUCCCAAGGUCCAUAUUAUCAUGUUCCAGCCCCAGAAGAACGUGACCAGCCACAGGCUCAACCUCAAUCGCUUCAGUGUCAGCGGGGCCGCCACCACGUACGCAUCUCACGCAUCUGUCAGUGCCCACCAGGUCCCGACCGUGUGCAACGGGAGAGAGAUUGUCGACUCCACUACUUCCUCUCUGUGACCACAUCCAGUCCACUCUCUGAAUUUGCCCCUGCGACUGUUAGCCAAUCCAUGAGCAUUAUCCCCCCUACAAACCCACCAUUCCCCAUCAUUCCCCCCCAUUCCCCGAUUUACACACACAAAAACAUACGCACACGUACACACACACAUGCACAAACAAACAAACAAACAAUCUCCUUUGUGGACUUAGAAGUGUAUUGUUUCAAAAAUGUAGAAAGUGUGUAACUAUAAUUAAAUUAUUUUCUAGGGAUGUACAUACAUGGAAUCAACAUUGGUGUAAGUAGAGAAACAAAAGAACAAAAAAAGUUUUUAGGAGGAAUUUUUGGAGCCUUUGUUUUUGAUAGCUUUGUUAUGAUGCGGUGUAAAUAGACAUGUGCGUCAUCAUGGUAGGAGGGUGUGUGUCCCUCAGUCUGGAUGCACAUAUGUGGCUCUGCUUGACUCACCUGCAAUAUCCCACAGACUUUUUAUUCUCAUGCUUUUUUGUAGGUCUCAUUGUAAUAACCAAUUAUGUACGUAUUUCUAUUGUGUAUCUGUACAUUUGUAUAUUAUACUACUGAUGGUUCAAACAGCACAAUGUUGACAGUCUUGUAAACCUUGAAUGAAUGUGGGCAAAAACAUAAAGUGCACGGUAUAGGAUGGCUGGAACAGACGUGUACGCAAAUCCACCAAACUCAUCAACUUACUGUUACACUGUGCCGGAACAAUUUUCACUUCAUCGACUCACCUCCUGAUAGAUUUUCUUUGCAUCCUAGAUCAAUAUAAAGAACCCACGGUAGCUGUUUUUGCAGGGAAAAAAUAUGUUUUGCUUUUGAUACAAAUGUUCAUUUUUCUAUUUCUAAUCAUGGAAUCCCUUUAUCUUAAUGACCAGAGUUCCAGACGUGUGUUCACCAAGGAAACAGACUCUCAAACUGCCUCUUUAUUCAGAGGGUUGUUGUAUUGGAUUUUUAAUAACAACUAACAACAGGACUGAAGAGAUACAACACAUCAAAUGUGUUUAUUUUGCUUCAAAACUGUCAAUACAGAGUCAGUAAACAAACAAACACAAAUUGCUUUCUUACCCAGUAAUUAUAAAGUUGUGCUCAGACAGUUCAACCACUAAUGGAGGUAGAAAGUUCUUCUUUGCUGAACACAUUUAGAAUUUUUAAAUGUGAAAAGUACAGGGGAGUGGUAGCUUUUUUUUUUGUUGUGCCCCUCAGAUACAGUAUGUGGUGAUGUUUUUAAUAUGGCUCUGUGCCUUAAUGUAUGUUUGGUAGUGCUCCAGGUAGGGAUUGAAAAUAGAUCAGUUUUACAUUACGGGAUGGAAAUUACUGGAAAGUGUAAAAGUGACCUCAGUGUAGAGCACUUGUUUAAAGGCAACGCCAAUUAGUUUUCUUCCCUAGUAAGCCUUCUGCUAUUGAUUGUUUACCUAAGUGUUGAAACAGUGAAUCUGAGGAAUUUAGGUUGAAAUGACUUUCUCUACCCCUCCCCUUCUUUGUCCAGCCUGUGAUUAAAAAGAAAUACGAAAUGGACAUUUCUGACCGAAAACCGAUCAUAAUGAGUUCACUUUACUUUUUUUUUUUUUACAGCUCGGCUGCACCGAUAAAGACAGGAAAGGGGAAGAGAAAAGCUCACAUACCGAUAAGGUGAAGUUACUGAGUUGUCGACUUAUUGAAGUGUGCAGUUUACAUGCCUGUGUUAAAUGUGUUGACGUUGAGAGGCACAGCGGAGCAGCUGGCCACGGCUCACCAGAGGAAACAGAGCACACAAUGUCAGCUGUCUGCAGAUACUCCAUCUAACAAAAGGAUGUUAGAGCAGAACUCAUGCAGAACAUGCAUUGCAUUUAUCAGAACAUCCCACCCGACUACAAACAGUAGCUGGAAAUACAAACAGACUCUUUGCUGGGUGACAGUUGUGAGGGGGCGAGAUUACCUGACAAAAAUAUUUAUUGUGUUUUUUCCAAGAAAGUCUAAAUAGCCUAAACUACUUUAGCACUGGGUUACAACAUCUCAUUGCUAAAAAAUAAAAAAUAUAAAGUGGCCUCUCGGAGGACAGGACAAACCGAUCUUAAAUGAGAGCAUACAACAAAAUACUGUCUCAAAUGUUUACACAUUAUACGUGUGAUCAGAAUCACCUUUUUUUUUUCGUCUCCGGACAAGCAUUGCAGAUGUGGUUUCUCCAUGUUAAAAUUCACAGAGCAGGCACCGGCAGAACGGUCAUACAUUCAUCUCCUGUCCGGUUGGCACCUUUUGCACCGCCGUUCUCCAACAGCACCCUUGUCAUUUUUACACUGAAUGACAGAUUGAAAGAAUUUGAGAGGAUGCGCCAAGAUGAGCCAACCUGCAUAGGGGCGUGUGUGUGUGUGUGUGUGUGUUUAGGUGCAGAGAGCAUAAGGAGAGAGUGAUGUGGCAAAGCAGAGGGGAGCUGCUGCUAGAUUAUGUAAAGCACUCCCACAGCACAGAAGUCACAGCGCUUCUAUGGAGGCUGAAAGCAUCUCGGAGAUUCACAGUCUUUGUUAGCAGAAGGCUUAGCCAUUCACUCAGUGGUCCUGCUCCCACAAGAUACACCCCGCAUGGCAGGUUGCUACGGACAACCGCCGCCACAUCCGCUGCCGGAAUGUCUAUUUGUCCGCAUGUAGAGGAGGGCGGGAAGAGGGGUGAGGAGAAAGCGAAAGACGGGGGAAAUAGAAAAAAAGCUGGUCGCUGGUUGUGAUUCAAAUUGGCAUCUAGUGAUGAGAUUUGGCUGAGCCGUGCCCAGCACUCUACUCCCAGCUUUUAAUGGCCACACAAAUAGAGCACUUAACCCGGGUUCCCCUCUCAUUUAGUCCAGGCUACUAGUCUCGGACAACAGUCCCACACUCUUCCACUGAACCCGGCCUCUUUAAACCCACCUCGCCCCUUGAACCCUCAUCUCCACUCUGUGUGUGAAACUUACUGCUGAGUCAGCCUCAGCCAAAGACCACCUGAAGCCAAACCAACCGAUUGGGAGCCCGGCCCGGCCCCCACACUUAAAGUCUGACACUCGUACCUGGGUGCCCACCGCGGCACAUACCGAUGAGGCCGACCUGAGGAAGUUGGAGGAGAUAGAUGAAGAAUUUAGAGAGUGUAUAGAAAAAAAAUGAAAAUCGCACAUAGAGAAAACGGCAUCCUGUUCAAAUUCAUUCACAUUUCUCACUCCGCUGUGCUCAGUUUAUCACAUCAUGUACACAGUGACUCUCAGUGGAAACUUUUUUAAAUGGCUUCACUCAUGAAUAUCCCUUUCAUUCGGCAAGCCAUCCACUACGGACGUUCUUCCUCUAUUCAGCCUCUGCCAACUGCCAUGUGCUCCACAAGGGUCUCUGUGCUGUAGCCCCUUGCUAUGUAACAGAAUGUGUCCUUUGGCCUCUCGACUUUGAAACAAAACGAGAUCUCUGCGGCAAAAAUGAAGCUGAGGUCGAGCUAAACUCUGGAACUGAUCAAUCAAAGCAAUAGUUCCGUGUUUAUGAUACAUGCAAUACAGAGGCUGUGAUUACGUCAUAAUAAAUAACAACAAAACAGCU